AUGGGUACUUCUGUUUCGGUUCCCGAGAGAUCCGUCCAUGAAUUCACCGUCAAGGAUAGCUCCGGCAAGGACGUGAAUUUGAGCAUAUACCAAGGGAAAGUCCUCCUCCUUGUCAAUGUCGCUUCCAAAUGCGGGUUCACCGAAUCCAAUUAUACCCAGCUCACCGAACUUUACCGGAAAUACAAGGACCAAUGGUUUGAGAUCUUGGCAUUCCCUUGUAACCAGUUUCUUUACCAGGAGCCCGGCACGAGUCAAGAAGCUCAUGAUUUUGCUUGUACACGGUUUCAGGCCGAAUACCCUGUUUUCCAAAAGGUAGAUUAUGUACGCGUAAACGGCCAAAACGCGGCACCACUCUAGAAGUUCCUUAAGGCAAGUAAACCCACUUUUUUGGGGUCAAGAAUUAAGUGGAACUUCACCAAAUUCUAGGUCAGCAAAGAUGGCAUAGUGAUUGAUCGUUAUGGCACGAUGGUUACACCUCUGUCCAUCGAGAAAGACAUCAAGAAAGCUCUAGAAAAGGCUUGA